AUGGAGGAAAAGGGUGAACUUUUAACAUGUCUCGGAGAAAAAAUAAACAGUGGCAAAGCCACGAUAGAUCGACUGAAACUUGUAGGAAAGAUUGAUGGGAUUGAAAAACUUAUACGAAAGAUUCAACAAGAAAUUAGAUUCUUAGAAAAGGUACAAUCCACAGGGAAUGUAAAGAAGGAACAUUUACAAAGCACAAAUCUGAUUCAUUUGAAUGCAAUUGUAGCACGACUCUUUUGUGCUAAUGAACCCAUCAAUGUUAUGAAACCUUUUAAAUAUCAAAAAUCACGUUUAGAAGUAGAUAUUGUAUGUAAUGGAGGUGCAUCAUGGAUAAAAGUUAUUGCUAGAAAUGCUAGAGCUCUUACAAUGAUUUCAAUGGGUAAUGGAGAAUAUGGGCAAAAAUCUGUGCUUGAUCAAGCAAUGAGUUACUUACAAUGUGCAAAAUGCUAUCCACAUUUGUAUAGGCCACCUGACAUUAUAUUUCAUUUUGCUUAUGGUAUAGAAAUUCCAUUAGCUAAACGUUUGGAACACAUGGGAAUAAUUGUUGAAGGGGAUAAAAUACAAUGUGAAGAUGUAAAAAUAGAUGUAUAUGAUAGCGAGGACAAAAUUUCUACAUGGCUAUAUUCAUUAGAAUCUACUGAGGAAUCUUGGGAUGAUUAUAAAAAAAAUAUAAAUUCAGAUUUAAAUACUCUAAACACAUCUUCUCUUAAAACUGAAAUAAAGAUUCUUAACUUGGAUGUAUCAACUUUAUUGGCAUAUGUGACAAAUAUGACCAAUGGAUAUGAUCAUUUUAUUUAUCGGGAACCGUUACUCACUCAACAAGCAGAAAUGGAGAGAAAAUAUCCAGUUAAACCAAUUUUAGAGAAUUUGUUCAAAGGCAAAGAAUUAAUUGUUUGUCAAACUGCUUAUGAAAAUUUUAUGAAUAUUAUAGAUGUCAUUGGUGGACCUAAAGAGACUCUUAGAGCAAAAGAAUUAUUAAAUAAAGUUCAGAUUGUUAAUGACAUACCAACAGGCAGAAUAAUGGAAAAGUUAAAUUUAGGUGGUAAAAUUAAAGACAGAUCUAGAUUAGUUUUUGCAACAGGAGAACAUAUGAAAAGCAUUACAGUAUCUGCAAAUGAGGGAUUUGUUAGAGCAGCACGUAUGCAGGGUAUUGAAUGUACAGUCUUUUUGCAUGAACCUAGAUCUCUUUCAGAGAUUAAAGAAGGUUAUGCGACAAAAAUAGGUCCAUCUUGACACCAGUUAAAUGCAUUUUAAAUUAUUGCAAAAGAAAUAUUCAUACUGCAUAAGAAAUAUUUCUAUUGUUUACUAAUUAAUAUUAUUAACAGAUGAAGCUUGAUAUUUAAAGCGCAUUUCCAAACUUUCUUCAAAUUCUGUAACAAUAAAUUAAAUAAAAAUUUAGAAUUGUGAUAGAAAUAUUUUCAAUGUAAAAAAACAUCAACAAAGUACCAUUAAUAAAAUUCGUUAAAUGUG